AUGACGAAUAAUUAUGGUCCCACCCUUGUUAUCAGCGGUGGUGCUGGAACCAUAGAAAGGGAUAAUUUUCCGGCGGAAGAGCAACAAAAAUACCUAGAUGCCUUAAAGGAAUCCCUCAGGGUUGGUUAUAAAAUUUUGAUCGAAGGAGGAAGCUCAAUUGAUGCCGUUGAAGCUUCUGUCAUAUCGUUGGAAGAUUGCCCACUUUUUAAUGCCGGUAAAGGAUCAGUGUUCACUAUAGGAGGAAAGAAUGAAUUGGAAUCAUCCAUCAUGCUCGGUAUCCCGUCUCACACAGCUGGUGCAUGCACUCUACUUCACACAAUCAAGAACCCCAUAGUUUUAGCAAAAACCCUAUUGUUGGAUCCAGAGAAUCCGCAUGUGUUCCUAGGGGGAAUCGAAGCGGAAAAAUAUGCGAAAUCCAAAGGAUUGGAAAUGGUGGAUCCAAGUUAUUUUUUUACCGAACAAAGAUGGAAGCAACACAUGGAUGGAUUAGAAAAAGGAAAGUCAUCAGAAAAUAUUGGUUACGACGCGCCGCAAUUGAACUUCAAUGAUGCAUCCCAACCGGAAUUUGAUCCGAGCCCAAUGGGAACUGUCGGCGCAGUCGCCGUUGAUGUGAACGGAAUUAUCGCGGCAGCUACAUCUACAGGCGGAUUUAAUAACAAAAAAGAUGGUCGGAUAGGUGACACUCCCCUGAUCGCGUGUGGUACCUGGGCCGAUAAUGAUACUUGUGGUGUGAGCGGUACAGGAAAUGGGGAGUAUUUCAUUCGCUUUAGCGUCGCGCGUGAUGUAUCAGCUAGAAUGCAAUAUCUUGGUGAAAAUCUACACGAAGCUGCGACGACCGUCAUCGAGAAUCUUAGAAAGGUUGGUGGCAAUGGUGGUGUCGUUGCUUUGGAUAAGUAUGGUAAUGUUGCAAUGCCUUUUAACACCAGCGGAAUGUAUAGGGGAUACAUUCGCACGUCCGACGGCAUUCCGCAUGCCUACAUUUUUUGA